UAGUUCGGCGCUCAUUUCCUACCCGGAAUUGAUAAUGAUGCAACGGGCGAUCGCCAGCCGCCCGAUAUAUAAACAGGUAUCGGAGCGACGGAAGUAAACAAAGGCAUAUGACGGAAGUCAAAGGAUACUGCUAGUCCAUAUCAUCUAAUAACAGAAUGAUGCCAAAAACGCGUUCAACUUCUCUAAGCGAUGCUUCAACACGUAGUUUGAGUCAGUCGCCUCCGGGAAACGGCGUAGUUUCAUCUGCAGGGGCUGGAGUGCACAGGCUUGCAAGCGCUGCUAAGAUGGCCGGCAAUCUUGGUUCCGCGACGCCUGACCCUCUCACCCAGAGGGCGGUCUUGGAGUCUAUGUUCGAGAGGCGCUUGGUGGAGGGAGAAUUUUGGUACGUGGUGGUCGCGGAGUGGUUGGAGCAGCUUAAGAAGUAUCUAGGGGUUCCCAGUACUCGGAAGAUGUAUCAUCAGCGCGUCCAUCCGGGGCCUAUCAUCAUCCGCCGCGACUACGCACACACUGUUGAGCUGGUUCACGAGGACGCUUGGAAACAUAUGCAUCAGUGGUAUGGCGUAGCGGAGGGGCACAAACCCAUGAAACUGGUUGUAUAUAACUACACACGUGCACCGGAAAUAGAACAUCACUUGAAUAACUGCAAACUUAUGAUGACGAAAUCCCAAGUGGAAGAUUUUCAUAAUGUGAAAUUUAGCAAGAUGGAAAAGGUCGGCCAUGUGGAAUGGAAACUACGCCAGCUGUACAACAUCGGGAUCAACAUAAAAUCACGUGUUUGGGCCAAACCGGAACAAGAUGGCGACUGGCGUCCAUUACUCGUACGCGAUAAACCAAUUGGAAAAGUGUUAGAUAUUGACUCGGACUUUACCCGACCGUUUUUUGCCCUAGAAACCAAAGAAGCGGCGACUGGGCUGUGGAAAAAUGCGCCUGAUGGUGCCAAAGAAACGCAAGAUCAGCCCAUCGGCGUGCUGUACGACCACGAUAUGUUUGAAGACGUGACCACGGGAUGGGAGAUGGACAUACAUGAACAGAUUGACCACAUAGGACGGGACUUCCUCGAGCGACUUCACAUGAAUUUCGGCGGCUUUAUGCAGAAAGCGAAGGAAUACGUUGAAGAGAGGGACAGUGUCCUUCGAGAGAGAGAGCGUAAGCUUUCAAGUAAAGAAAUGCACCUAGAUCACGUGCGUGAAGAGUUAGAGGAGCGCCAGAGAAACUUGGACGCGGAAAUCGAGGCAUAUACACGCCGGAAAAAUCUGUACGAGGAAAAAGAAGAACAGCUUGACGCAGAGUAUGAACGUAAAAACACGGAGCUGGAGACAGAAGCGAAGAGACGGAAACAGGAGGUGGAUACCGAGUACGCCAACUUCAAAAAGGCGAAGGAAAACUUUGACACUGAGCUAAAGCGAAUGUCUGACGUAUACAAAAUCCAAGACAGCAAGAUAAAGCUGGACAUCGGCGGCCAAUCGUUUACAACGUCACUUCAGACGCUUGCGCGUGACCAGAGUUCCAUGCUCGCCGCCAUGUUUAGUGGGCGCCAUCGCUUACGUCAGGAGAGUGACGGAAGUUACUUCAUCGAUCGUGACGGUGCGCAUUUCCGGCACAUUUUGAACUUUUUACGCGAUAGCGGGAUUAAAGAAGGAACGUUACCGAACAACGAGGUUGCCUGGGGCGAGCUUCUCAAUGAAGCCGAGUACUACCAGAUAUCCGGUUUGACAGACUAUCUACGCACCCUACUGAACAAAACAGUGUCAAGGUCAAAUAGCAGUCACAGUGUUGAUGACGUCACUUCCUGAACAAACUCAGCGACCUGGUGAUAGACAUGAUGUGCGUUCUAGAAGAGAUCAUGAGGUGACAAAUGCCAGUAGCCGUCUGAAAGUCUUCAUUGUAACAAGUUCCGAUCGACGGACUUGCCAGAAAAGCCACAAGCACUGGCAUGACCGGUUUAAAUCAGCCAUCUGCACAUUUACCAGUUGCACCAAUUUAAGUGCGUCAAGCUGCUCGCUGGUUUUAUAUUAAUUUUUAAGUAAAAUCAGAUGUUUUUCAUAACUUGCCAUAAGCUAUAUCUUAAACAACUCAGAUAUCUGAAUAAUCAAAGAAAAUGCUGAAAUUUUACAUUUAUUCACAUACAAAGUCGUUUUAUGCAAGUUUUGAUAUCAAAUCCAUACAGCAAGCACGAUCAUUCACACUUUUUCUCCAGAUGAUGAACUAUUUAACUAUCUUUAUAUUCUUUCGCUUUUAUUGAUAGAAACAUCUUGCUGGAACUGAUUAGAAUUUAAUAAAUAUGCUUAAACUUCUAUAAA